CGUGCGAGAGAUCACUGUCCCGGAUAGAGCGAUUCUCGGGGCAGCCGAUUUUCUUUUUCUUUUUUAUUUGGCUUCUAGCCAUUGUAUGGAGCGUGAAAAAGUUGCAGUAUUGGUGUUAGAGAAGCGUGAGGCGCUCUUACAAAGCGUUCUAGGCCGAGACGAUGCCUGGCCCAAGAUAUUGGCAGAGGCUGAGCCGGCUGGCCCGAGGGUCGGCCGCUGGGGUGCCGAGUGGCCGAGUUGACUCGCUUCGGGGAAGGGCGACCGCAAGCCGGCCGUCUACUACCUGACCAAGCCCCUGCCGCCCCCUCGCUGGGCGCAGCCGCAGGAACCCCUCCGACUAACAUCGACAGCGCACGAGGAACUCGUCAUUCAAGCCGAGUCGAUCCUCCGCACUUUCCUCGUCAACAACAAUUAUGACUCAAUGAGCAACUUCAUCGCUAUGUACGACUGUCAUGUUAAGUCGCAGCAGCCGGUAUACGAUCUAUAUAAAAAAUACUUACCACUGAUCAGGAGAGGAAAGUAUACGUGUGUGGGUUUGGGAAUAGAAUUGAUUCGGAAAUGGCGAACCUUGGACAAAAAGUUUCCUGGCUUCGAAACGGCGACCGCGUUGAUAUCUUGUGAGGAGGCGGUGGUGGAUGUGAAGGACUACGUGAUGAUGGGAGAAGCGCCAGACUCCGUAGAGUGCGCGGAAAAGGAGCACGUUUUGAUCGGUGUUCAGAUCAUUAUAGAUGGACGCCCGGGGAUCAUGUUAGCCGACCCUGGAUACCAUGUAGGCCGAAUAAUUACUGUUAUGUCCGACCGUGCUUUUCCACAUACCGGUUGGUUCACCAAAUCCGAUGACACAGAAUGUCGUAAGGAGUACGAGUACAGUUACAACCCUCACAACAGCAACUACAUCGAGUGGCACGAGCGGGUGACGAGAGGCAACCUCGUCAAAUACCAGACAUCGCUGAUCUACGCGGCGCAACCCUACCUCGACAGCAUAUACGUCACAGAGAAGCGAAACUUGGUCUACAACUUUAGGAGCUUGCUAUCACGAGAUCCAAAGGGAAAUCUAAAAGCCGGCAUGUACUUUCCCGUGGGUAGACGUAUACAGGAAGCAGCAUUCACCGUCUUCUCCGACGUCGGCACGGAAAAGCGUAAAACCAAGUACAAAUUCAGUGCCUUCACAGAUCCCAAAAACGUUGACCCAUCUGUGGUAGAGGAAAUAGAGCGUUGCAGCGUACAGAUGAGAUACAAGAAGAGAUACCUUAUGCAAGUUAUCGCCAAACUUGCGAAUAUGAUGUCCAAUCACAUAUUCAUCAACCAAGUUCUCGACAUUAACGAUGACAUAUGUCGAAUGUCAUUAUGAAGUUUGACAAAAUGGCGACGAUAUGAAAACUAAAUUGGCGCCUAAACUUUUUUUAGGUUAAGUUUCUUUAAUUAUUUUAGUAGUUUAUGGCAAUUGUAUUGUUUACUAUUACAAUUUGUAAAGUUACUUAUUCGGUGAAUUGGUUAUUUAAUUUUCCUGGGUUAUUAUAAAAUAUUUUGACGUC